UUCAACAACCCUCGCCUUCAGCCUCGCCCUUCGGUCUCCCACCAUCCCGCCCAUCUCCUUCCCUCAACACACCAAGCAGCAGCCAUGGAUCACGGACGCGACCCCUGCCCCUGGGUCAUUCUCAAUGACUUUGGCGGUGCUUUCUGCAUGGGCGCUAUCGGCGGCACCAUCUGGCACGGCAUCAAGGGCUUCCGAAACUCCCCCUACGGCGAGCGACGUAUCGGUGCCAUCACCGCCAUCAAGAUGCGCGCCCCCGUUCUCGGCGGCAACUUCGGUGUCUGGGGCGGUCUCUUCUCGACGUUUGACUGCGCUGUGAAGGGCAUCCGCCAGAAGGAGGAUCCUUACAACGCCAUCAUCGCUGGUUUCUUUACCGGUGGCUCCCUGGCUAUCCGAGGUGGCUACAAGGCCGCCCGUAACGGUGCCAUCGGCUGCGCUGUCCUGCUCGCCGUCAUCGAGGGUGUCGGUAUUGGUUUCUCAAAGAUGCUUGCCGGCAGCACCAAGCUCGAGGCUCCUCAACCUCCUCCCAACAUGGAGGCUUCUCUGUAA